CUCGUACGACGACGUUCGGAAUCAAACUGAGGAUCUUCGUUCUCCUCGUUCUCGUUUCAAUUUCAGCCUUCUUGUGACCUCCGACGUCCAAAGCCUUGAUCUAUCUCCCAUUCGAUAAGAUGUCAGCUUUUGACAAUGUUGUUGGUGGGAAAUUGAAGCUCAAGGGAAAGGCCUUGGAUGUGAAGGCUGGUGGAGUGAAGAAGAAAAAGAAGAAGAAUAAGAAUAAAGAUCAAAUCAUAGAAUCCACGGAAAAUGAACUUUUGGCAGGUGGAAGUGCAGAACAAGCUGACGAUCCUAAUGAUCAAGACAAUGAUGAUGUGAACAAAUCGACAGGGGAAGAGAAGGCUCCUCAUUAUGAUGAUCAUCUUACGCCGGCCGAGAGACGAUACAUAGAACAAAGAGAACAACUUGAUGUUAAUAGAUUGGCCAAGAUUUCCAAUAAAUCUCACCGUGACAGAAUUCAGGAUUUCAAUCAGUAUUUGGCAAACAUGAGCGAGCACUAUGACAUCCCCAAAGUAGGCCCUGGGUGAUCGAACAAGGUGUACAUGUAUGAAUCGCACCCUUCAUUUUUCUCUAUGAUGUGUAAUUUCUGUGUUGUGCACAAUGGCUUUUGACACCCACUUUUGAACGUAUUAUCUUGGAAUGUUUUGUAAUGCACUUGGU